GUCGAAGAAGAAAAAGGUAAGGGGAGUGUUUUUUACAUGGCGGCAUAUUUUCUGAAGCCAAAACAAAUCGGUUUGGUUUCACGGUUUGACUGGUCAUACUGAAUUAUUUGCCCAUAACGUUAGUAUGGAGAAGAAAAAGAAGUUUAAUAUCAAUUUGGACAAUUCAGUUUUCACAAAAGAAAGAACUCCGGUGAAGCCCUUGUUUAAACCCUCUUCUGAAAACAGCGUAGGAAACCCAUCGGCGUGCGUGUCCAAUGAGCCCACAGCGCCGUUCGCUGGCCAACCGCUGUCCUAUGCAGAGUUUAUUGUCCAGAGCAAGCGGCAGGUGCCGCCGCAAGCCACCGGUCUCCCUGAGAGAGGAGGCGCACCGGGGGCAGGAGUGGGGGGACAGGUUGCCAGAGAGGAACACGGGGAGCCAGACUCCAGAGGGGGGAGCUCAGGAGACCCCUUGGGGUCCACAGAGCCAGCAAAGCCCCAAGGGAAGGCUGCCGAGGCAGAGCCCCAGGCCCCUCUGGAGGAGCCCUUACAGGGACAGGAGGAGCAAGGAGGAGGUCAUAGGUCAGAGACUGCCCCCAGCAGCGUCCCCAAGAUGCUUGGCACAGGAAACAGCAUUAUCGUUAGCCCCAGACAGAGAGGAAACCCCAUCCUGAAGUUUGUGAGGAGCGUGCCGUGGGAGUUUGGAGAGGUGGUGCCAGAUUACAUCCUGGGACAGACGACCUGCGCGCUGUUCCUCAGUCUGAGGUACCACAACCUGAACCCCAAUUACAUCCAUGACCGGCUCAAACAGGUGGGCCAGACCUUCAUGCUGAGGAUCCUUCUGCUACAGGUGGAUGUGAAAGACCCCCACCACGCCCUGAAAGAGCUGGCCCGCAUCUGCAUCAUGGCCGACUGCACCCUCAUCCUGGCCUGGAGCCCCGAGGAGGCGGGGCGUUACCUGGAGACCUACAAGUCCUACGAGAAGAAGCCCGCUGACCUGCUGAAGGAACAGGUGGAGAAGGACUUCCUGUCCAAGGUGACCGACUGUCUGACCACAAUCAAGUCCGUCAACAAGACAGAUGCCAUGACCCUUCUGUCCACGUUUUCUACCAUAGAAGGGAUCAUGAACGCCUCUAAAGAGGAGCUUGAGCUGUGUCCCGGCCUGGGACCACUGAAGGCUCGAAGGUUGCACAACGUGCUCCACCAGCCCUUCCAUAAAUCCAAGAAGAAGGCCGACGCGUAGGGCCAGCAGCCAAUCAUGAUCCCCCCCGAGUGGCAUUUCUCCUCCUACUGCAGCUCUUAACCAAUGAGGAUCUGUUGCUAGCAUGUUCCUGGAGGCCUCAGACUGGACACAGCAGGUGAUCUGAUGUGCUGUGUGGUCAAUAGCUUCAGUGAAGCUGAGGGGUACAGAGUUUCAAAGAUAUUGAAAACGUCUGACUUCUAUUAGUCUUAUCUGUGGAGUUAAUUUCAUGCCAACGUAUUUGUAAAUUUUUAAUAUUGUAAACCACACGUUUUGUACUAGUACACAAGUCUGCACAUUCAACUGCCAUUUCUACCAGUUUCUACCAUUCAUAGCAAGAGUACUUUGGUCAUGAUUACCUUUAAACCUGCUUAUCAAUGUGGGAACAGUACUGUGCUGAAUUGAAGCUUUAUUAAAUGUGAAGAUAAUGUAUGCUUGCUAUACUGUACUUGUUAUACUGCUCUUAUGCAUUUGGAGGUGCAUAUCUAAGGUGUACUCAACAUAAGAACAGCAUAAUGUCACAGCCAUUUUAGCACAAGUCAAUGCAACAAUAAACUGAUUUAUUUAUAAA